AUGUACGCAACAUGUCGUUCAUUCGGGCCGCCUGGAAACCAGGUCUACCACCAACAAUACACAUUACCGUCGCGGCGAAACCCCUCGCUAUCAGAACUCGCUGAGCUAGUUCCCGCCGUGACUUGUAGUUUCCUUACGACGUGUUACAUCGUCCGCGCAGAAUCGGCGCGGGAGGAUUUCCUUGUAAAUAUCGACUCUUAUAGCCAAAGCCUCCUCCGCGCAGCCAGGCUCGACCUGCUGCUGAGAAACGUGCCGCCGGGACUGGCACUCGGCUCCUGCCUGGUGUUAGGGUGUUGUCUGUCGUCGUACACCCACCGCCGGCGGGAUCGGGAUCCAUACCAGCCCCUCGUGUUCGCGGCCUGGAUCGUCUGGGCCGUGUGUAUCGGCUGGGGCACGGGCAUCAGCGCCAACGUGGUUACGCUGGGCAUCGUGCCGUGGGCCUCGUGCGCCGCCAUGCUUAGCAGCUUCGUCGGACACGUAGGGGCACGAUGGGUCUUGAACAGGGAGAGGUGUCAAGGCGUUUAUACCAUGAGCGUGAUGAACGAGAGGGGAAUAUCUUUCGAUACGUAA